UGUGUCUGCGUAGACCUGCAAAAGAUUCAUUUAUCUUUCACUUUACAUUAUCAGAACAAAAACAUUUCAUACAAGGUGUAAUUUCAUUGUAGCACAAUCAUAACGGAUCCGCCGAAGAAAGGAAACCAAAUGCUGCUUUUGUCAGUGCUCCUAGCAACGCUGGGCUGUGUGAGAUAGAGAUAGUGGUCUUUGCGGAAAAACUAAUUUGAGAAGUAGGGUACAGCAAGAUCGUGAUUUUGUGCACAUAAAGAAUGAACUGACACUCGUUAUAUUACUGAAAGCCCCUAACGUAAAUUGCGUUCUACCACUCAUCUUGUUAUCAUUUUACUGUCUCAGUACAGAUAUGUGUGCACACACACACAUGCGCGCAUUUUUUUUUCCUUUUUUCUUCUUGGUUUUUGUACUGACCCAGUGCGUAGUCGACACAAUGAGACUUAUUGCCGAUCUCUUCCAUGCUCGCUACAAUCACUGUGCUAGGGUGUGCUCGGAACUGAACCAGUUGACUGACUUCAUGAAGCAGCUGGACUGGUCAUUUUACUACAAAAUAACGACGGAGACCAACAUCCUGGGAGUCUUCAGAACGCCCAGCUGCUGCCUUGAACCCAAUCCCCAUACCCUCAAUCCCCACACCAAGGCCACCAAAAGGGGAGGAGCAGGAGAGGGCAAACCUGCGGUGGGAGGUCAAGCCACAGGAAUGAGGGGAAAUUUCCCAUGCAAAAAAAAACCCACACAAUAUCAUGCCAGAGCUAGCUGUGACAGGUCUGCAGGAUGGUGCUCCUUUCAAGAAAUCCUUCAGCUAUGGCUUGCCUGCGCUAAAAGCCAUACUUUCUCAAAAGAAUCAAAAAUACACAGCUUAUCAGAAAAUGUGGCACCAGGAGAGGACACAACUGCUGCUAUCAGGUGAUUCACUUAACUCCACAGUUUCUCACUGCGUGCACAACGGAAUGCUCUUUGCCACAUAUGACAACCACAGCCAGCAUUCUGACUGCCCUGCUAUAUUUUCUGGUGGAUGGUGGUGCAACGACUAUUUCGUGACCAACUCAACGGUCUGUACAGGAAUGACAGCGGCGGCCUUCUGUCUCCAAAGAAUCAGGGUGUGAAGUGGAACAACUAGCACAGAUAAACAUGGCAAGAUGAAGAUCAGAAACUGAAAGCUGCUUUCCAACGGAAAAAACUUUCAAGUGUCUUUUGGAUUAUACUGUUGGUGGACUCAUGGUACCCUACCAUAAAUAUACUACUAUAUUUAAAUGUUUUAAAAUUUAAAACCAUUGUUUUAAGUGUACAUCUGUGUAGUUGUUAGCACGUGCUUAAUACUUCCAAAGAAAUGCAGAGUCUACUUAUAAUGAUAGUCUUCUUUGUUGGUUAAUAAAAAAUACCAGUUGAAACUGAACUUUGAUUUUAAUAUUUUUGCAAAUUCCUUUAGUGCCUGACCAAAGAGGCAGUUUAUGUACUUGGUCAAGAUGUUGGACUGACUGACUGGCAUGUUAUACAGAAGCUUUAAAAAUUUCAGCCAGGCUACAGGAUUCAACUGAUGGGGACGUCUACCACUCAUCCGACAAUACCACUGAGAUUAGAAGGAUCAGUCUGAAGUAAAUUACCAUUCGGACGACAGUACAUCCACCGACCAAAGCCAAUCUAGUAUUAAUGACAUUCUUUAAAAUUGUCAUAUUCAAUAACUGCCAACUAUUUAUAGGAUUUAUAUUUAUCACACGAUGCCAAUAUUGUGUAGAUCAUGAGGUUCUUAGACUUUUUAUCCAUUUGUGAGAAAACCAUCAUUCUCUCAUGCCGGCCAUACUUUGCAUGCGCAUGUUUUUGUUUUACAUCUGA